AAGACAAGGCACCUGCUCUGCGGGCAGGAAGUGUUGGAGAGUGGGCAGGGCUAGGUUGGGCAUUGCUGGGCAGGGCAGGGCUGGGCAGGGAAACCCUGGAGAAGACCUGAGAGCCCCAGGCUGCAAAGCUUGGGCAGAGGGGGCGGAGUGUGAUUGGCUGGGAAGCUCUUCAUAUAAGAGCCCAGUCUGCUGGAGGACAAGGGAGCGCUCAGUCUGCAGCAGGGGAAAGGGCACAGGGAGGGGGCAGCAGAAUCCCCCCAAAAAAUUACCCAGGCAGGAAAUCAAAGGACACUGAGCCCUGAGACAGAGCCUUGGAUUGAGUGGAUCUAACACUGGGAGUUAUUUAAUACUUGGAGUGGAUUUAAUACCAGUCUGUCACACAUGGCUGCUGCAGGGAGAAUGGCUGCCUGGUUUUACCUGUCCUGCUGUCUGACAUGGGGCCCCUGGGUCACUGCCUUCAACCUGGAUACUGACAAUGUCAUCUCCAAGAGCGGAGAACCCGGCAGCUUUUUCGGCUUUUCUCUGGCCAUGCAUCGGCAGCUGACCCCCGAGGAUAAACGGCUGUUAUUGGUUGGAGCACCUCGGACCAAAGCCUUCCCGUCCCAGAAAGCCAACGUAUCGGGUGGUCUAUUCUCUUGUGACAUCACCUCAACUAUGCCUUGCACACGGGUCAUAUUCGAUGACUCAGUUGACCUUUCUACGGAAAGUAAAGAGAACCAAUGGAUGGGUGUCAGUGUGCAAAGCCAGGGACCAGGAGGUAAAGUCGUGACGUGUGCCCAUCGAUACGAAAGAAGGAUAACGUUCGCAAACUCGAACCAGGAGACUCGAGACAUCAUAGGGAGAUGUUACGUACUAAGCCAAGACCUCACCAUUUCUGAUGACAUGGAUGGAGGGGAAUGGAAUUUUUGUGAUGGACGACUGAGGGGACACGAGAAAUUUGGAUCUUGCCAACAAGGUGUUGCUGCAACGUUUACCAAAGACUAUCAUUACGUUGUUUUUGGCGCUCCGGGGGCAUAUAAUUGGAAAGGAACUGUUCGUGCAGAACAUAAAAAUCAAACAUUUGAUGAUCUGUUAUUUUUAGAAGAUGGUCCAUAUGAAACCGGUGGUGAAACUAAACACCUUGCCGAAUUAGUUCCUGUUCCAUCAAACAGUUAUUUAGGUCUUCUCUUUAUGACAACUGUAUCCAGUACAGACCCUGACCAAUUUUUGUACAAAUCUGAGCCAACUAGAACCAAUUUGCGUAAAUCUGCCGAUGUGAAGGCUAAUAGCUACUUAGGAUUCUCCCUGGAUACUGGUAAAGGGAUAAUCUCAAAAGAUGAAUUAACCUUUGUUUCCGGGGCCCCAAGAGCCAAUCACAGUGGGGCUGUUGUACUCUUGAAGAAAGACGCUCCCCAUGAAAGAAUGCUUUCCGCAGAGUAUAUAUUUGAAGGCGAAGGGCUGGCCUCUUCCUUCGGGUACGAUGUAGCAGUGGUGGAUCUAAACAGUGAUGGGUGGCAGGAUAUUGUUGUUGGUGCUCCUCAGUACUUUGAUAAGAAUGACAAAGAUAUUGGAGGUGCUAUUUAUGUAUACAUCAAUCAAAACGGAAAGUGGAAUGAUGUCAAGCCAAUUCGUAUUGAAGGAACCAAGGAUUCCAUGUUUGGAAUUUCCGUAAAGAACAUUGGAGAUAUAAAUCAAGAUGGAUACCCUGAUAUUGCUGUUGGAGCACCCUAUGAUGAUGGCUUUGGAAAAGUCUAUGUGUUCCAAGGGUCAAAGGAUGGAAUAAACAGAAAGCCGUCGCAGAUUAUUGAUGGUAAAAGCACAAAGACUAUGUCGUUUGGUUACUCCAUUGCUGGAAAUAUGGAUCUGGAUAAAAAUACUUACCCAGAUAUUGCCAUUGGAUCGCUAUCAGAUUCUAUAAAUGUAUUCAGGUCACGUCCGGUUAUCAACAUCAAGAAGACAAUCACAGUCACUCCAGAUAAAAUAGACUACAGCAAGAAGAAUUGUAACAAUUUCAAUGCAAUCUGUUUAGAUGUUGAAGCUUGUUUUGAAUACACAGCAAAACCCGAUGGUUACAGUCCAGUUUUAACACUUAACUACACGUUUGAGGUUGAACGUGAAAGGCAAGAGUUAAAAUUACCUUCAAGAGUUAAUUUUAAAGACCAACUAUAUAUCAAUACGUUGACAAAUACAAUUGACCUCACGGGCCAAAAUCAAAAGAAGUGCGUAAAAACAUCUCUGGUGUUGCAGGAACCCAUUAGGGAUAAAUUGCGGCAGAUACCGGUGUCUAUUACAGCAGAUAUAAAAAGUGCUCGUUCUUCUGGCUCACAAAGGAGUGCCCUCCCUGAGCUGCUUCCAAUUCUGAAUAUAAAUGAGCCAAAAACCACUACUGCAAAUGUCCAGUUUCUGAAAGAAGGGUGUGGAGAUGACAAUGUAUGUAACAGCAACAUGAAAGUUGACUACAAGUUUUGUUCCAAAGAGGGAGCAGACACAUUUACUGAAUUACCAAAAGAAAAUGGUGUCCCAGUCUUGGUUCUCAAAAAUCAGAAGGACAUUGCUCUAGAAUUAACUGUCACCAACAAUCCAUCGGAUCCAAGAAAUCCUAAAAAGGACGGUGAUGAUGCCCACGAAGCUAAACUCGUUGCAAGUUUGCCAAGCAGCUUGUCGUUCUCUUCGAUGCGAGACCUGACUAACACCCCCGAUAGACAGUUCAUAUGUUCAUCAAAUCCAAACGGCUCAGAAGUCACAUGUGAGCUCGGAAAUCCUUUCAAGAGAAACACCAAUAUGACAUUUUACCUGAUUUUGAGUACCAAUGACGUAUCUGUUGCAACUACAGACCUGGACGUCAAUCUCCGCCUGGAAACAACAAGCUCCCAGCCCAACCUUCAGCCCCUUCUGGCCAAAGCUCGGGUAGUAGUUGAACUUCUUCUGUCUGUAUCCGGGGUUGCCAAACCUUCCCAGGUGUAUUUUGGGGGGAAUGUUUUAGGAGAGAGUGCAAUGAAAUCAGAAGAAGACGUUGGAAGUCCAAUUGACUUUGAGUUCAGAAUCACUAAUUUCGGAAGACCUCUUAAAGCCCUUGGUACUGCAUUUUUGGAACUUCAGUGGCCAAAGGAAAUAAAAAAUGGAAAAUGGCUGCUUUACUUGAUGAAGAUAGAUUCAAAAGGACUGGAUAAAAUUACUUGUGAACCGGAGGGUGAAAUCAAUAAACUAAGACUGAAGGAGGCAGGGAAGACUAGAAACAGACGUGAACUGGGAGAAAAAGAGACUGGGAAAGAAGAUAAACUAUAUUCUCUGUUUUCUGAAAGGAAAUACUUGACUUUGGACUGUAAUAACCAUGCAAAAUGUGUAAAAAUUAGAUGUCCACUUCAAGGCUUGGACAGUAAUGCAGUGGUUACGAUGCGCUCACGGUUAUGGAAUGGUACCUUUUUGGAGGAAUAUUCAAAGAUGAAUUACCUUGACAUUCUGGUGAAAGCUUCUAUCAAAGUGGAUACAACUUCUCAAAACGUUAAAUUGACAAACGACGAUUACCAGGUGCGUCUGACCGUUUUCCCUGAGAAGACUGUAGCUCAGUACACCGGAGUGCCAUGGUGGAUCAUCUUUGUUGCUAUCCUUGCUGGAAUCUUAAUGUUGGCACUUUUAGUAUUUCUGUUGUGGAAGUGUGGGUUCUUUAAGCGCUCCAGGUACGAUGACAGUGUCCCAAAAUACCAUGCUGUACGAAUUCCCAAAGAAGAUCGACAACUCAAAGACAGUAGUCUGUCAAAAGACUGUGAGAAAAAGCAGUGGGUCACUAAAUGGAAUGAAAAUGAAAGCUAUUCUUAGGGAGGUUUUAUUUAAAUUUUAUUAUUUUUAGUCAUUGAAAGAUUAUUGAAAUAUUGGUGAUAUGUGUACGUGACAGAAACAAGAGGCUUUAACCCCUUAAGAGCAUGCUGGCCUUUUACGCCUGAAGCUGUGUCCUUAAAGGGUUAAACUUUGGUGGUCUCACGGUAUUCUUACUGAUCCUGAGGCCCUGGGCACCAUAAACAUGUGGAUGGUUACAGACAUGAGAUUUGCAUGUGAAAUAUUGAUAGGUUUGUGAUAGGUGUGAGACAUCUCUUUAAGUCCUAUGUCAUUCCAUAUACUUGGAAAAUAGGGGCAGUGUCAGUAUGGUCUUCCAAAACGGAAUGAAUCGAUUUUGGUGCAAGUAUGUCCAAUAUACGGCGUCUGUGCUCUAUAACAUAGAUUUUAUUUUAAUACAAAAUGAGAUUUAAUAGAAUAAUAAAAGGACUUAACGGAGAUCUCCAACUUAUCAUAAUUUAGUACAUCUCUCUCCGUUCUUCAAAAGGGAAUGGGUCCUGUUUGUUACCUAAGCUAAUGUGAAAGUGUUAAGCAAUAAAACAAUUAUAUGGGCCGCGAGCUGAAACUCCCUUUUGAAAGCAGGGCUGCAUUUUCAUCAUUUAAGACCCACAUAUUACCUUUCAUUUUCUUUAAAUGUCCCUUCCAUGAGCUGCCUUAUUGUACAACUUGUGUUAUCACUGACCAUGCCAGCAUAUCGCACUGUGAUAUAUUGUAAUAUACGGUAUAUAUAUAUCGGCCAGAGUUCUAUGCUAAUCUAAACAAGCAAGUGGCUUCUGAGGUCAUCUUUGCUAAUGGAGCUUAUGAUUGUUUUUUUCUAUGUUGGUGACUAAUCGCUUAACAGGGCUGGCAAAUUCUGCCUUCGUACAUCUUUACAGCCAAAUAAAUCUACCUUGCCAUGCUGAGAAUCGAACAUGCAAAGGGAGCCUUUAAUAGUCUAUGCAAAAUAGCAAUUCGCAAAAAAAAAAAUGCAGUCGUCGUUUAUGACAUUGCCAAAAACAGCUAUUAUUUUAGUGUCAUUUUAUGGGCGUAUAUGAAUCUAACACUUUGAUUGCCCCUCUUUGGAAUUCAAAGAGUUACACUGGCAAUCGACAAUCUAUGGUUUACUGACAACGUUUUUCUACAGCUGCUGUGAUCAUCGGCUAGAUAAGGGACCUGCAGAUUGUCUACACUUGACUUAAAGUUUUGUCUGUAUUUAAAUGUGCAAUAGAAUGUCAUCAUUUUGUAUUGUACCAUCUGUGAAUUAUGU